CAUUGCAAGAGCCGUCAUCAAUUAGUUUCGGCACAGUAUUCGUUAUUAUUCCAGCAAAGAUACAAAAUCAUAAGACCCGAAGCUCCUUUCAGCCACAAUGGAGUUUCCGCCCUGUCCACCCUCGCUGAAGUCCAUCCAGCACUUCCUGAAGCUGGCCCAAGAGCAUGACACAAGAGAUUUGGUCAUCGCCUACUGGGCCAGACUCUAUGCUCUGCAGGUGGGACUGAAAGCGUCCACCCAGACGGGCGAGGAGACCAAACUGCUGCUGUCCAUUAUGGACUGGCUGGAGCAGGUGAAGAAGCAGCAUGCGGAUAACGAAGCGGUGACAAACGAGGUGGCUGCUCAGGCUCACAUUGAGAACUAUGCCUUGAAGCUCUUCUUGUACGCCGAUAAGCAGGAUCGCGAGGAGAAUUUUGGCAAAAACGUGGUCAAGGCCUUCUAUUCCAGCGGAGUGCUCUACGAUAUACUCCAGACCUUCGGUGAGCUGAGUGAGGAGGCACUGCACAACAGGAAAUAUGCUAAGUGGAAGGCCGCCUACAUCCACAACUGUUUGAAGAACGGCGAGACGCCCAUUCCCGGACCUCUUCCCGACGACGAUGAGACGGAACUCGAGGGGGAGGAAAAUGCUAAUGCCUCGGCGGAUGCCUCACCCGAGGAUGCAGCCGGAGCGGCUGCCCCACCCCCCUUCCAGCCAGAGGCACCAUCUUCGCCGCCCUCGAAUGUCACGCCUCCCACUGCCGAGGAGGUUCUGAACAAUCCGAACAAAUUGCCCAGUCCGCCGGAGGAUGAAGAAAAGCCAGGCGGCUUUGAGCCGUAUGUGCCGACAGGUCAGCCGCAUCCAGCUACGGCGGCCACCAUUUAUCAGCCCAUUGUGCCCGUGGCCGGGGUGCAAAUCACUCCGGACCAAAUGAUAACCGCCCAGAAGUAUUGCAAGUAUGCCGGCAGUGCCCUCAACUACGACGAUGUGAAAACCGCUAUAGAAAACCUCCAAAAGGCGCUCAAGCUGCUUAGCACUGGCUCCGAAUAGGAGCAUAUAUACAUGCAUGUAGUCUAUAAAAACUAACCCAAGCACGGUUAUAGCUUACAUAGCACCAGUGUAUGCCCAAUAAUCUCCCGCUUAUUACACGCAAUCAAAUCGAA